CCAGUUGCCUCCUUGGGGGCAGUGACCCCAAGCGCCAGACGCUUGAGAAGUUUGGGAGGAUGACGCAGGGUGGAGCCUGCGACCUAAUCCUCCUAUCACAAGGGGCACGCGAGAAGCCAGCCGGCUUCAGGGCGCUCUCUCUGGAGCCUCUCUAGCCGCCUGGAGCCUGCGAGAGCAAAGGCGGCUACAGACUUAGGGGGCGGGGAGAAAAGUGAGGACUGCACCAAAUAUCCUGGCCUCUCGCGGAUGCAAAGACUCAGAAAGAGGAAUUUUAUCGCCUUAUUUUUGUCUCCAGGAAGUCACACCCUCCAGAAAAGGAAAGCAGAUAUUUUUAUUCGGCCUCUUUCUCUUUUGCUCUUUCCUUUUCCGUUUCUGCCUUUGCUCGACGUCAAUGGUUCUUUCCUCCCUCUCCCCCUCUGCGCCUUGGUACGAGCCAAGGGAGAGGGGCGGAGGGAGGAAAAGGGAAAGGAAGCGAACAGGCCUUAAAGGGGCCGCAACUAUUUUUUAAGCCACUUUUUCCUCUCUCCAAUUUUGCAACGGCGGGCGCGGACAAGGAGGUUCCCGAAAGCCACGCGCAGCUGGAGCAGCGGCGACCGCAGCUGGAGGCCCGGAGCGCCUGCGGGGCCGGCAGAGGCGAGGGGGUUGCGGGUAGGAAGGGCGGGCUGCGCGCCCCGCCUGCGCCCUGCGCGUCUCGGGGCCGGCCCAUGCUCCCGACGGCUGCGGGAUUCAGCAUCUGGGGCCGGGUUGGGGCGGCGGGGUCCAGGGCGCAGGUGGUGCGGCCGAUGAGCCGGGCCGGAGGCUGAGGCCGCGCGACGGGGCUGGGACAGCGCUGGCAUCUUCAGAGCAGGCCCGGGACAGCAAGGGAGGCGCUGCGAUGCCAGACGAAAAUAUCUUCCUGUUCGUGCCCAACCUCAUCGGUUAUGCCCGGAUUGUCUUCGCCAUCAUUUCUUUCUACUUCAUGCCCUGCUGCCCCCUCACGGCCUCCUCCUUCUACCUGCUCAGCGGCCUGCUGGACGCUUUCGAUGGACACGCUGCUCGCGCUCUUAAUCAAGGAACCCGGUUUGGGGCCAUGCUGGACAUGCUGACGGACCGCUGCUCCACCAUGUGCCUGUUGGUCAACCUGGCCCUGCUGUACCCUCGAGCCACGCUGUUCUUCCAACUCAGCAUGAGUUUGGAUGUGGCCAGUCACUGGCUGCACCUCCACAGUUCUGUGGUCCGAGGCAGUGAGAGUCACAAGAUGAUCGACUUGUCCGGGAAUCCAGUGCUUCGGAUCUAUUACACCUCGAGGCCUGCUCUGUUCACCUUGUGUGCUGGGAAUGAGCUCUUCUACUGCCUCCUCUACCUGUUCCAUUUCUCUGAGGGACCUUUAGGCCCCGAACUUCCCUGCUGCCUUCCUGCAGUUGGCUCCGUGGGACUGUUCCGGAUGGGCCUCUGGGUCACUGCCCCCAUUGCCUUGCUGAAGUCGCUCAUCAGUGUCAUCCACCUGAUCACAGCUGCCCGCAACAUGGCUGCCCUAGACGCAGCAGACCGCGCCAAGAAGAAGUGACGCAGGAGCCCCGGGUCCUGGCUGCCCACCUACCCUGGGAGUCUUGCUGUGCCACACAGCUCCCCACCCGCUGCUAGGAGGUCCCAGUCUCACGCCUUCCUCAUGUGUUGUUCUACCUGCUGGGAUGGGGGUCAGCCUCUCUUUGGUGACGUCAUGUUCUCUGGGAUCCCAAGAACCCAGGCCUCAAAUCAGGGAGGUUACGCGGGAGGCCCCAUGCAUACAGGCGGUGCUCCUGGGGUGCCAGCACCGGGCAGUGUCAUGCCCUGCUGGCUCAGCCCUGGGGUCCGAGAUGCUAGGGACAGUUGAGUGAGGGAGAUGGUGUGAGGGCCGCGUUUCCCGAAAGGCAGGGGAGUCAGACCUCCGCCCCCAGCUGGAGCAAGUCUGGGGCACCGUGCCUGGGAGGGAAGAAACCGUCCACAGCCUUCCCCGUCGCCGGCUUCUCUGUCCUGCCUACCCUGGUCCUGGCGGGACUUCACUAUUUGACUUGCUUUCCUUUCAGAUAUUCUUGGCUCAGGGCCUGGGUUGAGGGAGCUUAGGGAAGGACGUCCGUCUGGGUGCUUUUCCUCCAGUUUGCUGGCUGGCUUCUCCGUCUAUCCACAGUGACCUCACAGAGAGGCCCUCCUGCCUCCCACGCUCAUGCAGUGUCCCCCACUUGUUUGAUCUCACUGACCGUCUACAUGUAUUUAUAUUCUUGGUAUUUUCUACCCUCACUGGAAUGUAAACUCCAUGAAGGCACAAACUUUUCUUGUUCCCUUCUGUAUCCCUAGAAUAAGACCAACUUGAACCUGGCAUAUAGUAGCUGCUUAAUAAAUAUUCGUCUGUCAGUGA